ACACGAGCAAAGCGGAAGCGCAUUGCUCUGCGCCCGUCAGCCCGUGAUGCUGCUUUCUCCGCUGGUUGCAGGGGUUAAUUUGCCGGCACCUCUUGGUUUUGGCCUGCCCGUGUUCCGGGACUUAUUUGGGCUGAUCCGGGGUCGGAACCUCUUUAUACAUCAUGUUCCUCGGAACAUCACGAGGAUAAAAGGCUGCACUCUGCAGUUUUAUCUGCACAGGACAUCAGCUCCAGAUCAGUGAGAAUCUUAGCGAGAGAACAGGACCUGCAGCCGGCUCUUCAGAUCCCUGGACGGGUUCGGUACAAUCUGUUCUGCGGACAAAACUCUGGAAAAUGGACAAGACUCUGUUCACUUUACUGCUCAUUGUCCUACUUGUCUCUGGUGGAUCUCAUCCCACAUGUUCGAGUCUGUCAUUAACGGUGGAAGAAGGUGAAGACGUGAGUCUUUGGUGUGGACUUGUUCCCUCGGUCAACCUGAUGAAUUACACUGUGGAAGUUACAAGAACCGACCUCAGCCAGUUCGUCCUCCUGUAUCGAGACAGAAGAGUCCUCCUCGAUGUCCAUAUGGAGCAGUACAGACACAGAACCACACUGGACCUCAGAGGCCUGAUCAGGGGAAACAUCACAGUGCAGAUCUCCUCUGUGAAGAUGUCUGACAGAGGAGAUUACACAUGUUUGAUCCCCAGACUGAAAGCCAGGUGCAUCAUCACCCUGCAUCUUGUGGAGGAGAGGAACCACGUCAGUGCUGCGCCUCCUCUGGAGAACAACUCCACAUCCAACCAGCCGGGGAAAGGUGCUGUUGCAGCCAUUGUUGUUGCUGUGGUCCUCUGUGUUCUUCUUCCUCUUGGUGCUCUCCUGUUAGUAGACUUCAUAAGACUGAGAAGUGGAAGAAACAGUCUCACAGGGAAUUGUGUGACGAGAUGCAGAGGACAAAAGGACCAAGAUCCCUUCACUGGUUACCGUGCUGCCACCGGAUCGGGUCCAGUCUACAUCCAGGACAUGGUCCAACCGGAUGAAAUGAGAGGGACAGGCCCCUGUGAGCUGCGAGCAGAGACUUCCCCUCACUUGGAGCAUUAAAGAGAGAAUAUCUAACUGAUCAGUUGAUGAUGAAAUAACGACUUCAAUAAAAAAUGUUC